CUGUUAAAUGUCUUUACCGGGGUAUCAAUAUUCUACUGCAGAAUUCAAGCCAAGUUGAAUCAAGAUAUGGAUAACACUCUGCUUCUAGAAGCUCAGCAUGGAACUGAUGUGACACUGAGCUGUGAGGUGUCUGACCUCCCAGAAUCCUCCACUGUGCAGUGGGAGAGAGAGGAAGCUCCUGUUCCUAACAGCACUCUGUUCUACAACAACACUGCCUACAUCAUUUUACACAAUGUCAACCAUCGCAGUCGGGGAAAAUACUACUGCACACAGAGACACCAGGGAAAGAAAGACAUUCAUAGGACUCAAACACUGGAAGUGUCAGAAUAUGCACAAUCAAAGAAGUAUAUUCUAUACAGAGAAAGCUCCAACAGUAGUAAUUUGACCCUCAGCUGCAAGUCCAAAAAGUCUUACAACAGAAUAAUGUGGAUCUGGCAGCUAAACCAAACAAAAGAGGUAAUGAUAGCUGCAGAAAAAGAGAAGAAACUCAGCAUAUGUGGAGGAAUUGUACCGGGGAAGCAUUCAUCUACAUUCUACAAUGGAAAUGAUUUCAUCUUUCACAUCUCACCUGUGAAAUUCAAUUACAGUGGAACAUACAGAUGUCUUGUGAAUGAUAACACGACCUAUUCAUCCUUAACACUCCACACUCUAAGAGUCUUCACAGAGCCUGCUGUCAUGGUCAGGAAUCAGUCAGUGGAUCUGACCUGCGAGGUGUCUGAUUUGAGAGAGGAAGUUAUUCUGGCCUGGCUGAGGAUGGAGGGAAACAGAGCAAUGCUAAUUAAACAGGAAGUCUUGACACAAAGAGAUAUGAAGAGGAAAGUCAGUGUAACACUGAACAGUGUCUUUGAGGACCAGCUUAUCUGCCAGUGUGCUGUGUUUACUGAGAACACACUCAGAGCUCUGGCCCCAGUAACACUUCACCUCGUUCAGUCAUUGAGAAAAGAGCCUUGUACAGCUUUACCAAAACAUACCACAGCUCUCUCCACCCAGGGAAACAUUGUGGAAGAGGGCAGUGACACCCAGACUGUGGUCAUCGUUGUGUUCACUGUGUCCGGGUGUGUGGUGGUUUUGCUUGGAGCUGUGUUGUUUUACAGUCAAAGAAAAUCUUCCACAGAUAGACCAUGUGUGAUCAAGAGGAAACGCAAAGUUGAUCCAUGCCAUUCAGAUUCAGCUCACGGUAACAUAGAUACUGGCAUGGUAAAAGCAGAAGAAGAAAAAGGCGAAGAAGAGCUCCACUAUGCCUGCAUCACCAUAGUGGAAUCUGAUCAUGGAGCUAGUGGGAAUUUUAAAAUGAACAAGAUGCCAAAUAGCAGUGACUCAGUCAUCUACUCAACUAUUAACUUGAAGUGAGAAGCUGGAAUCGUCUGUAUGCUGAGGUUCAUUUAAAAUAUUUUGACCACAUCACCACUGUGAUGUGUACU